GAAAACUUGUGGCUAUUGCAGUCAUUGAUGAUAAAAACUCUUCAGUGGAGCAUACCAGACUAAAAUCUAUUAUUCAGGAAGUUGCUAGAGAUUAUCAGGAUCACUUUCACAGGGAUUUCCAGUUUGGCCAUAUGGAUGGAAAUGAUUACAUUAAUAGUUUACUAAUGGAUGACUUGACAAUCCCUACUAUUGUUGUAUUGAAUACCUCCAAUCAGCAGUAUUUUCUACCAGAUAGGCACAUUGAGAACACAGAAGACAUGGUUCAGUUUAUUAACGAUAUCUUGGAUGGUACAGCUGAAGCACAGGGUGGUGAUGGACUUCUGCAGCGAAUCAAGAGAAUAAUCUAUGAUGCCAAGUCUACUGUAGUGUCUGUGUUCAAGAGUUCACCACUUCUUGGAUGCUUUCUCUUUGGGUUGCCCCUGGGGGUCAUCAGCAUUAUGUGUUACGGAAUCUGCACAGCUGAUACAGAUGGAGGGGUAGAUGAACAUGAGGCAGCUAAAAAGGAAAAUGGUGAUCGGGAGCUCACGGAUGAAGGCAGUGAGGAAGAACAAGAGGAGGAAAAGAAUGGAAAAUUUACAGAACUUUCAGGUGGAGAGCUUAAACAGAAAGACAUAAUGGAAAAGAAAAAAGACUAACUUGUUGGCAAAAGAAUUCUCUAGAAUUUCCAAAUAGACUUAUUUAUUGAAGGUAGUCAUUUAUUGAUCAUCUUCAUGAAAGAGGACCUUUUUGUCUGCAUUAUGGUAGUUUUGACUUGCAUGUAUUCAAAUUUUCUCAGAAACUGACA